AAGUGCCGCAGCGGCCGUAAGGAGGGGCCCCGGGUUCGGCUCCUUAGUCCUGCGGCGGCUCCCGCUCUCUGGCUCCGCGCACCAUGGGCACCCGCGACGACGAGUACGACUAUCUCUUCAAAGUUGUACUUAUUGGAGACUCUGGUGUGGGCAAGAGUAACCUCCUUUCUCGAUUCACUCGCAAUGAGUUUAACUUGGAAAGCAAAAGCACUAUUGGAGUGGAAUUUGCAACAAGAAGCAUUCAAGUUGAUGGCAAGACAAUAAAGGCUCAGAUAUGGGACACAGCAGGACAGGAACGAUACCGAGCUAUAACAUCAGCGUACUACCGUGGGGCUGUUGGGGCUUUGUUGGUUUAUGAUAUUGCCAAGCACCUUACCUAUGAAAACGUGGAGCGAUGGUUGAAAGAACUGAGAGACCACGCUGACAGUAACAUUGUCAUUAUGCUGGUGGGUAAUAAGAGUGAUUUGCGUCACCUGCGUGCAGUCCCUACGGAUGAGGCCAGAGCUUUUGCAGAAAAGAAUGGCUUGUCAUUUAUUGAGACAUCUGCUUUAGACUCUACGAAUGUGGAAGCUGCUUUCCAGACUAUUCUGACAGAGAUCUAUCGUAUUGUUUCUCAAAAGCAAAUGUCAGACAGACGUGAAAAUGAUAUGUCUCCAAGCAACAAUGUGGUUCCCAUCCAUGUCCCACCAACCACUGAAAACAAACCAAAGAUGCAGUGCUGUCAGAAUAUAUAAUUGUUUCUUCUUUCCUAAAAGGCUGUGUAUAUUCCCCAGGUCCAAGAUUUAAAUAUAUUUGUAAUUCUUGUGGUUACUUCUUUGUGUUCAAUUACUUCCUCUUAUUAUUCCUUCUGAUCUUUUUCACGUCUUAACACUUUGAUUUUAGUGUUAAAUUCAUUAUUGCUUCCAAAUGGCUGCAGCAUUGUCACAACUCUGACUCGCCAGUCUUGGUUUAAUAAAUUGUUUGAAAUUCUAAUGGAUUACUUUCCAACAUGAUGACCACUAGUUGGGUUACUAGAAUGUCAUUUUGUAAUCCAGCUCAGAAAUGUUAAUUCUGACCUUCCCAAAACAUUACUGUCAAUGUUAGUGAAUAUCUCUGGCCUAUUUAAACUAGAUCAUCUUUCCCUACUCCAGCUGUUAUGUCUUGCAUCCAAAAAUUGCUUGUGAAACACCCAUUGCUCUUAAAUGCAAUUUUACAGUAAAGCUAAAUGUUUCGGUUACAUCUUGAGGUGGUCAAGGUAUGUGGAUUUUUAUUAGUAAAUAUUAUGGCAAAAACGAUUCUUGUUUUGCAUCGAAGCUGCAGACUUCAUUAUGUGCAAUGGUGCUCUUGAGUUCUAAUUACUGUGCAAAUGAGGUCAUCAUGGGAGGAAGUGCUGCUGGGAGGCUGAAAUGGGAGAUAGUGGUGGGAGCUCAUUCAAGGUGCCUCUUCUGAAAUAAGACAAAGCAACAUGAGCUAAGUAACGGAUUCACUUUUCUCUCUAAUAUUGGAACUUGCAGCACUUUGUGUUGCCCAGGAAUUGCACUCCAUGGUACAGGCAGUAUCAGAGGAUGAGAAAGUUCUUCCUUUCCACAAUGAGUAGAAAACUUGAGGGAUAUUGUAUCAUGUACCCAUAGUUUAUUUAUAUUUGCAAAUGCUUAAUGCUGGGGGUCACCAACUUCCAUGAUGUUUAAAGUCUAAUAGACUGAUUUCAGUACAAAUCAGUCAGUCAGCAGUUGCCAUAGACUGUUGAGGGAUAAGGUUGUGAACUGUGCCUUCUGUCACUACACUGUUGAAAGUACUGCAUAAUACUCUCUCAUCUCCGAACUGUCCACUAAAUGGUUUGAGUUAUUGGCACUUAAACUCCUACAGUACUUAAAAAGCUAUGAAAAACUAUUGGAGCGGGGUGGGUGGGAGGAGAGACAUUCCUCAGACACUGAUACAAUCAACCUGGAACAUCUGUGUGUGGGCAUGUACAAAUUGCUGCAUUUAUCAGCCAACCUUUCUGUCUUGCGGUGCUCAUGAUGUGUAAGGUACACGGAAGGCAUUGCUGUAGUCAGUCAUUUUUUUUUAUCCAUUUCUCCUGUUAGUGUAUCAGUUCUGAAGAUGCUAUUGGAUCUGUUUGUAAAUUACUUUGUAUUUUAUGCACGUUCUGUAACUUGAUUCUUUUUUUUUUAAAUAUUGAUUUAAAAUACAGUCAUUCAUGAUAAUAAAGAAUUACAGGGGACUAUUCCA